AUGGAGAGUCCAAAGGCAAGAAUUAGUUUGCGGGCUAUGGGAGUUGGAGUGAUUGUUGUGAUGGUAGCGAGAGGUGUUGGGCCAUCAUCCGUGUCUACUAUGUCUUCUGGUCAGGACGUGGCAUGCAGUGAGGUGGGAAGGCAAAAAUCGCUGGAGGGCUUGGAGCAGGUGAGUCUGAGGGACCGAUGGGGGUGGACUCAGUGUGGAGUGGGCUGUGGGGAUAACGCGGGCGAUGACUUCCUCGAUGGGUUCUUCUUCCUCCAUUGUUGGCGGUCUUCCUCUUGUGCUGCUGUGGCUACGAGACGUCGCGCUGCUGCAGCAGAGGAUUCUCCUUCGUCGCGGCGUGGAGGAGGAGGAGUCCCGUCUGUUCUGUCUGUUGAGGAGGCUGUUGGGGUGCCGCAGUUGCGGCAAAGACCAUCAGGUCCAGGUGCGUGCAGAUCGAUCGCUCUUGGGUGA